AUGUACAUCGAGACACUAGAAACCCCCCCUGGCAUCGUCAACCUACACGGUUACAUUCAAUAUUGUCGCCUUCCCAGCUUGGGCUAUGACCCUCUCGACACGUUCGUCCUUCCCUCUGGCCACAAGAACGCUAAGAACGGCCUGGCCGUCCGUCAGGAACGUUGGAGACGACUAGAAAAUAUACAUCCCGUUCCCGAGGACUUACUGAUGAGUUUGCGUUCUUCUUGUAUGUCAAAAUUUAUUGUAUCCCCUGUGCUAGUAGUGACGCCUACACUAGGGAUCGCGUCUAAUAUCCCAUCUGCGCCACUGAAUGUGCAUGAACCAGAUCGUUUGACCGGAGAACGCCUUACUAUCAUAAUCCCCCUCUCUGACACCUUCCCUUGGCACCUAGAGAAGAGUCCGACCGAUAUCAUCAGGUUAGCCCAAUGGAUCGACAACUUGCCGUUGGCCACCGUGAAGCGUAUCAUGCAUCUUUGCAUACCUGAGACUCGCGGCUGGACCUUCAAUAAUCCUCAACACCGAAGUGAGGCUGAUAGCGAAAUUUUCCACUACUACCUUUGGUCUCCACGCAGGCCCACCAACUUAGCCGCGCAAGACCCAACUCGAGAUGCUGAUGGAGCAGCAGUGAAAUCUCUUCUAAUUGCUGUCCAACCACCCUGGAUACUGUCCGAGUGCGAUAUGAAAGAGUUUGCGGCGUGCAAAUCAUUUCCACCUUUUAUGAUGCCCGGUCACGCCUACUCAACUCCUCUGGUCAACAAGUAUAAAAUAUGGGCCAAGCUAUGGGACGCCUGUGUCCGCGAGAAGACGCACUGGUUCGUUGUAACUUCAUACAACCAAUGGGUCUUCGGCGCGUUCUCUCGAGGUUGGAGCGCGGCCUUUGUCACAGGGGUCAUGAACUUCGAUGCUGUCGGCCCUUCCGUAGUGGAGUCUCUAGCGUUUUGGAUCGCUUCGGCAAUGUAUCUUCCAGGAGCCUUUCAGUGCCCAAAGGUGGGUACAGAGGUCGACGACGCCCAACUUGACAUACCGUCAAUCGCAUACGAUGUACUGGUUCACGGUUCCCAAGCAGUGCUCGCCCUUUGCCAAAUAUAG